GCAAACUUAAACAUCUGAUGAGAAAUGUGGUGAUUGUAUCAAAUAGUUUUUCAUAAACUUAUUCUGUUGUUUAUUGUUCAAUUAUUUUUAUUAUUAACGGUUGAAACAUUGAAAUUCAUCAUGCGAACCUAUGGUGACAGGCCAACUCCUUUUCAAUUAGAUGAUAAAGAUGGAGAGUAUUAUUACAUUGGAUCAGAGGUUGGUAAUUACCUGCGUAUGUUCAGAGGAUCGUUAUACAAAAGGUACCCUUCUUUGUGGCGUCGAUUGGUUACAGUUGAUGAAAGGAAAAAACUUGUUUCAUUAGGCCUAGGUCCUCACAGCUUAGCUACAAAUAUAACUUUACUCAAGGCAAGUGAAGUUAAUGAGAUAUUUGCUGGUCGGGAUGAAAAAUACAAAGCUCUGUCUAUAUCUAAUGAACCACAAACACAAAAAGAAACGAAAUCAAAACGAGCUAACUGGGUACAUGCAACAUUACCGAACACUAGUCAUCAUCUUGAUGCAGUUCCAUGUUCAACUCCAGUAAGUCGCAAUCGAUUAUCUGGAAAAAGAAUUCGUACUUUUCCUUUAGCAUUUGAUGAUUUGGAUCCGGCAAUUAUGCAUGAAAACGCAAAUCAACCUGAUUUCCUUGUACCGAUUAGGCUUGAUAUGGAGAUUGAUGGACAUAAACUGCGAGACACUUUCACCUGGAAUAAAAAUGAACAAUUAGUCACUCCUGAGCAGUUUGCUGAGGUACUUUGUGAUGAUUUGGAUCUCCCAGCUUCAGCUUUUGUGCCAGCUAUAGCCCAAUCAAUUCGACAACAGAUUGAGUCUUUUCAAACUGAUACUCUUCUCGAAGAGCAAACUGAUCAACGAGUCAUUCUUAAGUUGAAUAUUCAUGUUGGUAAUAUCUCUCUAGUUGACCAAUUCGAAUGGGAUAUGUCGGAAAAAGAAAAUAGUCCCGAAGAAUUCGCAUUAAGACUCUGUGCAGAACUCGGUCUUGGAGGAGAGUUUGUUACAGCAAUUGCUUACAGUAUAAGAGGUCAAUUAUCUUGGCAUCAAAGGACUUAUGCUUUCAGUGAAUCUCCAUUGCCUACUGUAGAAGUACCUUUCCGGAAUCAAUCUGAGUCUGAUCAAUGGUGUCCAUUCCUUGAAACUCUCACUGACGCUGAAAUGGAAAAGAAGAUUCGUGAUCAAGAUAGAAACACCAGACGAAUGAGAAGAUUGGCUAAUACCGCACCAACAUGGUAGUCUGAUACUAAAGACUUGAUACACUCACCAUUUCCACUUUUAAUUUUUUUAUAGCCAUUUAAUCUUUAUGCGCUACUUAUUCUUUAAAUCUCACACAAACUGACGCAUCAAAUCGUUUCAUCAUAUUACCUGUAUGAAUCGACGCGAUUGUUGAAAAUAAUGAAAAACCAAAUUGAUUAUUCUCAGCCAUCAAAUUAUUUUUUACACUUUUAUGACCGUCUCUGUAUAUCUUAUCAUUUCAACUGUAUCUUACGAUAUUAAAUAAACAUUAAUUUGAUUCCAAUGUUUCUUGAA